GAGGCCAGUUGAAGUUGGUGGGGAAGUGGGCGUGGCGCCGCCGCGCUGGGCCCGCCUCCGCCCCGCCCUCCGACUAAUCUUUGGUUGCGGGUAGGGGCCGUCCCGAGGUAUCCGCGAGGUGAGCUCCGAGGUCCGACAGUUCGCCGCCGCCAGCAUGGAGUUCGUGAAGUGCUUGGGGCACCCCGAGGAGUUCUACAACCUGCUGCGCUUCCAGAUGGGGGGCCGGCAGAAGGUGAUGCCCAAGAUGGACCAGGACUCGCUCAGCAGCAGCUUGAAAACUUGUUACAAGUACUUGAAUCAGACCAGUCGCAGUUUCGCAGCUGUUAUCCAGGCGCUGGAUGGGGAAAUGCGCCAUGCAGUAUGCAUAUUUUAUCUGGUUCUCCGAGCACUGGACACUCUGGAAGAUGACAUGACCAUCAGUAUAGGAAGAAAGGUCCCCCUGUUACACAACUUCCACUCGUACCUUUAUGAGCCCGACUGGCGGUUCACGGAGAGCAAGGAGAAGGACCGACAAGUCCUGGAGGACUUUCCAACGAUCUCCCUGGAGUUUCGAAAUCUGGCUGAGAAAUACCAAACAGUGAUAGUUGACAUUUGCCGGAAGAUGGGAUUUGGGAUGGCAGAGUUUUUGGACAAGCGUGUGAUGUCUGAACAGGAGUGGGACAAGUACUGUCACUAUGUUGCUGGGCUGGUGGGAAUUGGCCUUUCUCGUCUGUUCUCGGCCUCAGAGUUAGAAGAUCCCUUAAUUGGUGAAGACACAGAGCUUGCCAACUCUAUGGGCCUGUUUCUGCAGAAAACAAACAUCAUCCGUGAUUAUCUGGAAGACCAGCGAGAAGGAAGAGAGUUUUGGCCUCAAGAGGCUUGGAGCAAGUAUGUGAACAAGCUGGGUGACUUUGCCAAGCCAGAGAACAUGGACUUGGCCGUGCAUUGCCUGAAUGAGCUCAUAGCCAGCACGCUGCACCACAUCCCUGACGUCAUCACUUACCUUUCACGACUUAGAAACCAGAGCAUAUUCAACUUCUGUGCUAUUCCACAGGUCAUGGCCAUUGCCACUUUGGCUGCCUGUUAUAAUAAUCAGCAGGUAUUCAAAGGGGUGGUGAAGAUACGAAAAGGGCAAGCAGUCACCCUGAUGAUGGAUGCCACCAACAUGCCAGCUGUAAAAGCUAUAAUACACCAGUACAUGGAAGAGAUUUAUCACAGGAUCCCCAACUCCGACCCAUGUUCUACUAAAACAAGGCAGAUCAUCUCCACGAUCAGGACACAGAAUCUUCCCAACUGUCAGCUCAUCUCUCGGAGCCACUACUCACCCAUUUACCUGUCGUUUGUCAUGCUCCUGGCGGCCCUGAGCUGGCAGUAUCUGAGCACCCUGUCCCAGGUCACAGAGGACUAUGUUCAGACCGGAGAACGCUGACUGGGCUUGGUCGGGAGACUGAACGCCCUGGGGAAUGGACUGACCUUCUCUUCAGGGAUGGAUGUGGGCUUCCCCCCUAUUUUCCCUCCUGCUUUAAUUCCUCAAAGAAUUCUGUGGGCCUGGAACUUUAGAAACUGUGACAUGUGAAGAUACGAUUAAAGGGAAAGGACACUUCAGCCUUGGCCACCUGUGUUCACCUGUGCCCACCUGGGCGGGGUGACUGAGGGCUGAGCGUCCACUGCUGUGGGUCACAGUCAGGGCUGCAUCCAGGCCUGCAGAGAGAUCAUACUUGGUGUGAAUACGGGCUAGAAUUAAAUGUAUUUAAUUUGAAGCAACCUUUGAAUACCUAUCCUAGUAGAAAGUGAAGUG